CAGCACCGUGGCUACAAGGGUUGGGUGUAAUCUUAACCUUAUACUCACAACACGCAUAGUCAACUCUCAUAGUCAGUCCCACACUUAUGCUGUUGUAGACUGACUAAGACCGCAGUUCAGGGAAUCCUCACCAGUGCACACUUCUUAUCAGCCUUUCUGUGCGUCAUGCUGGGUGUGAGUUCAGCAGGUGUGUUCUUCCCUUCCUGAUUCACACUUGUGCUGAUCAGCUGAUUGGAGAGCGAGACAGCUGUCAACACCGGGACUUCUUUCACAACAUCGACAUACUUGGCAUGCCUUCUUCUCAUCCACCAGUGACGGCGGCACACCAAGGAGUAAUGUGGUCAAAACAGCUCAAAGAGGAAGAAGAAGAAGGUCUUGACAAAAAGUAGGACAAAAUUCUUCGGAAACCCUGAGAAACGGCAUCAUCUCUGCUGCCGGGCAUCUACAACAGUCACAUAACAGAGGAUCCCUAUUGGAACUUGUGCCGGAAGGAUUUCAUGUGCGUGUGUUUGUGCCAGUGUGUGAGUAUGCAUGUAACUUCAUCAGGCUGGGAAUAGACCCAGGGACGCUGAAACCUCUUAACCUCCUGGUCUGGCCCAAUGCUAAGACAGUGCGUGUCAGUUGGCGUGUGUGUGUGCUCACAACUGGAGAUAACAGCUCUCAAGGGCCCACAUGGUUGUAAACAACAACCGCUCACUUGCUGAAUUGAAAAGUAUCCUGAUGUAAUUUGGAAAUCUCUCUCCUCCCUGUCAUGCACCACCGAGGAAUAAUACAGCCAACAGUGAGCACGCGCAUACAUGUGUGCGUAUCGGAGUGUGUGCCGCAGAGGGGUGGUGAUUUUCCAGAUUGCUGGAUUGCCUAAUUACCCCUUUGGGUUUUGGGAAUGACGCCCGGAAUUUUUAAACACAAAGAAAGAGAAGAAAGGGAGAAAAAAAAGAUGAUUUAAGUUUGACUUUUGGCUCGUGACACAGAGAUUAAUUGAAGGAGAAAGAGGUUGGAAGUUGAGACUGUCCAGGUCAGAGUCAUGGUGCGGAACUGUGCAAAGAAAGUGAAGCGAAAUUGGGUUACGGCUGCACUUCCAGAUGGAUCUAAUUUAUUUCUUAACAUAGAAUCUGAAUAGUUUGAAGCAUUUUAGCAUGUGUGCAGACAUGCAUGCUGUAUUUCAGAAUUGCUUGGAAAGAUCUGAUGAGAGAUUAAAGUGAAAAUCUACCAACCAAACCAAAGGAUCUUCAUCUGAGGAUUAUUUUUCCAGAUUAAAACUUGGUUUUGAAGACAAUUUCGUCUAACAUUUUCCGGACUGUCAUUUCCCUGAAUCAAGAUGAGAGGGGACAGGAGGUGCUCUUCCUUUCGCAAGGAGAAACCUGCAGGCCUAUCCCGGGCUCUCAGCUGGCUCAGCGUGUCCACCCUCUCCCGCCAGAGCAGGCGAAUCUUCCACAGCCAGAAUGAGCUCCACUCAGUCCACACCCGUCAAACACACUCGUACUCACACACUCAUCUUCAUGCAGCAGACAGAGACGAGGAGCUCGAUGAUGAUGACAACUGGGUGUACCAGCCUCAACACAAAAUAGCGGUGUCUAACUUGGACGAGGAGAGCAAGUGGACGGUUCAUUACACGGCGCCAUGGCACCAGCAGGAGAACGUCUUCCUACCAGGCAGCAGGCCGCCCUGUGUAGAAGACCUCCACCGUCAGGCCAAAGUCAACCUCAAGACCACUCUGCGAGAAUGUGACAAGUUGAGAAAAGAUGGUUUCCGGAGCUCUCAGUACUACUCGCAGGGUCCCACCUUUUCUGACCCCACACAGUCCACCAGCAGCCUGCAGGACGAUGAGGAUGAUGACAAUGAUAAGAAGUCCACAGCGUCAUCGACAGAGGACAACAAAUCUCAGCUCUCCAUGAGGCCCCAGACCCCGCAGGGUGAAGGAGGGGAGGGGUCUGAGGUUGACGGACAGGUGGCAUGGAGCAAAGGCACACCCCUCCCCACCCCAGAGGAGAAGAUGAGGCAGACAGCUAAGGCCGUGCCCACAGACAUAGUUGCCAUCAACGUCACAGGGGCAGUGUUUGACCGUCAGGCGAGCAUCCGGCGCUCCCUCAUUAACACUGACACCGUGUCCCGUCGGCCCAAGAAGGUCAAACGCAGAAAGACUAUAUCAGGGCUGCCUGACAACAUCAACCAGGAGCUAGCAGCAAAAGGACACGGCGGAGAGCUCAGGCCGCAUUCCAUGUUCAUCCCGGGACAGUACUCCACUUUGGGCAGAACUGGGAGCGUCAACUCAACGCUCCGACGUUCACAGACCAGAGAUUCCAGCUGCCAGACAGAGGAAGUGAAGGUUGUACCUCCAUCCAUGAGAAGAAUUCGGGCUCAGAGAGGACAGGGAAUCGCUGCUCAAAUGGCUGGCAUUUCUGCUUCUUCCUCAACAGGAAGUAUAUCCAUCUCAAGUAGUGACAGCUCUGGGAUCUUGAUGCUGCCACAACGCUUUAACGGAGAUCCUUCCCGCUUUCACAGUCUGCCUCGACAAGGUGCUAGGGUGUCCCUCAGUGCUGACCCCAUCUAUAGCAGCACCCCCAUCAAGUCAGAGGAGCAAACUACACCUCAGAGGCAGAUUGGGAAGCUUCAGGCUGAUGAUACAGUGGUGCACAUAAGAAAUGCCCCAAGGAUAGGCACAUUGCCCAGGCCCAAGUCUCAGGAGUUGAGGGGGACACAGGCCAGUGAUUGGGGUGGUGGUCCAGCAUGUGUGGUUUCCCCACAUGCUGCCUAUUCAACCUCAUUCAUCCCUAAUGCCACCCUAUCUAGUACUUCUGAGGUCAUUACCCUCAACACCUCCGGUCAGCUGUCCCACUCCCCAGCCUCAGCUUACCCGACAGCUCGGCCGCUCGGUCUGGCUGCCUCUACCAACACUGACUCCUUGAUUUCCAGUCCAGGAGCCUUUACCCACAGCUCCACCUGUCCAGCCUUGGUCACUUCUACUCCUACUCAUACACCACAGGAUGGUGGUUUGGUAGUCCCAGCACCCCCUAGCGAGUCAGGACACUCAGACAGCAGUGUACACAGCCACAGCACCUUGGCCCCCACACCACCAUCCUGUCUGCCAGAGGAGCAGUGGAUCUACGACACGCCAGAAAAUGUGGUGGUUCCACACCGCACUCUGACCUCCAGCUGCUCCACUCCUAUCAAUCACCUGUAUAGCAGCCUGGACUUGUCCUCCAGGACCACGACAGACUCAAGCUCCCUCUAUUCCCAAGACAAUGAUGGAUACUACACGUCCAUGCAUAUGGAUUCGGGACUGCGCUCUCGCAGCCAUGGCAGUGGGCAUGGUGCAGCAGCUGGACGGGCCACCCGGCACAGCAUGUACGAGUGCCGCGAGAUGGCCAAUCAGGAAGACUCUGGAAGCUUGUACAGUGACCGCUCUCUGUCCCGCAGCAUCUCCCUCCGCAAGGCCAAGAAGCCUCCGCUGCCCCCAGCUCGUACGGACUCUCUUAGACGUAAGCCUGGCGUAAAAAAGCCCCUUGGAGGGGUCAGUGCCAUCAGUGGUGAGGCAAAUGGAGCCAUGCUCAAUGAAACUCUAAUUGCCAGCUUGCAGCAGAGCCUACAGUUGGGACUUAGAGGUGGGAAAGGAAAAGGGGCCUCACCCUCUUCACCCUCUCACAGCCCAAGCAGUGACUAUGAUGACCCUUGGGUGCUACGGCCGCGCAGUCAGAGUAGCAUUAGUGCAGGUAGCUCUGCAGCCUCACUUGCAGCCAACGCCAACUGCGGCGGUUUGUCUAAUGCAUACUCACUGUGCCAUGUGACGCCUGCUCACAGUGAGACCAGCAGCUUGCGCUCAGACUAUGCUGAUUCCUGGGGAUACUACAUGGACUACCCUCAUAACCAUGGAGAUCAGAGGACACAGACCCCUCCAGCCCACGCCACAGAUAACAUGUCAGCCGGGGCUCACCCACGAGAUUUGCAGAAUGGUGAUGAGAUUCACAACAACAGCCAGGCUGCUAGAGCUCCAGAUCAGGAGGAAGGGGUGGCAGUAAAGCCCAAAAUGUCCACCUCCUCACCAGACAGGGUGCAUAGACUGACCUCCCCAUCUAGCGGCUACUCCAGCCAGUCAAACACCCCGACAGCUGGAACCCCAGUGCCCUCGUUUGUCAGGUCCAUGUCUCCCUCAGGCAGCCGGCCUAAGCCCAAAGUUCCAGAGAGGAAGUCAUCUCUCCUGUCCUCUGUGUCCGUGUCCUCUUCUUCCACCUCCCUGUCUUCUAACACCUCUGACUCACUUAAAUGCUCCGGCCCUCCUCCCCCACCACCUCCACCCCUGCCCCUCUCUUCCUCCUCAGCUCCCAACACCCCUCUCAGCCCACCUCCACCAUUCCCUCCUCCUUUACCACCAAGUUCCAGUGUAGUUACUCCACCGCCAGCUCCCCCAUUACCACCCACUCCACAGGGUUCAACUCUGAGCCCACCCCCUGCUUGCUCCACCUCGCCUGAAUUCCCUCCUCCUCCAUCUCCUGAAAUGCUAAUCCCACCCAGUUCAUCCUUCAAUGGUAGCUUCAGUCCUCCCCCUCCACCUCCCCCUCCUGUUCCCUCCAUGGGGCCCCCUCCACCGCCUCCCCUGCCUGCUUUUGUCCCACCUUCCUCCUCUCCAUCUUUUGUCAAGGCAGUGAAGGAUGAACCUAAACCAGCUCUUUCCAACAGCCCUACUAAGUCAUCUAAGCCCCUGAUCACCCCAUUUGCACUGCAGAGUGUUCAGCUCCGCUCUGUUAAACGGCCUGAGAAGGAGAUUAAUGGCAAGUCAGACCACACCAAAGCUGAAGAAACAGGGGUGGACCUCCUUCAGGGUCUAAAGCCCCAGACAUUGGAGCAUCCCACUGUGUUACCUUUGUCAAACUGCUCCCCAGAGGAAAAUUCACGCAACUCCUCACCUUCACCUGUGUCAAAGCUCUUAGAAGAGUUGUCUUUAGACUGCAGUAUCACAGAUUAUACAGCAGGUAGCACUGUCAUAAAUGGGAAAGCCGAGGACCAGAGUUACUUUAUCUUAAAUGGAAAAGAGAAUGCUGAAUGUCAGGAAUCAUUGCCCAGUCCCCCACAGAGCUCCCAAAGCUCUCCUGUCAAACAGAAGCCUCCAGCAGUCUCCAAGAAACCCAAGAUCUCUUGUUUCCCACCAUAUAUCCCCCAGUCAAUCCGUGAACAGGUUCCAUCUCAUGAGGAUAUAACCAGCCAGUCACAAACAGAAGACCAAGUCGAUGCUCUGCAAAGACAAAUAAAGGAAGAGGAGAAAGAGAGUAAAAGUGAGCAACAGCAGGAAGAGGAAACUUCAGAAAGCUCCGAGCCUCUUGCAGAGAGCAGUGACACAUCCUCAGUAAGCAAGGACGAGUCCCAUACCUCUGCUUCAACCAGCCAGGAGACAAGUCUUGACCAUGCACUGUGCACCAAUGGAGAGGCUCAUGAAGAGGAAGAGGAAGAGGAAGAGGAGGAAGGAGAUGCAACAAGUAGCACGACUGGAUCCAUUAGCUCCAAGGAGGAUGACACUGGUGAGGUGUUCGACUCCAGUACGGCUGAAUCAUCUCCAGCCCCAUCAGCCAACGGGGUCUCUGAGGAGAACAUGGUGACCCCGACUCCAUCGCGGGCUCGAACCACUGAGGAUCUGUUUGCCGCCAUUCACAGGGGGGGCGUGCAGUGGGCGGGCGCAUCCUUUCUAGAGAGGUCAAAACGUAAGGUCCUGGGUCGCAAGGAGUCCGAGGAGGACAAAUCCCGGACCGGGAGCUACUCGCAGUCCCCACCCGUCACGCCCACAGCCAUGUCUCCAGGCUCCGUGUCUUCCUUGCCUCGCCAGACAGGCUCCAUCCAGCGCAACCUCCGCAAGUCGAGCACCAGCAGCGACACCUUCAAGGCCCUGCUGCUGAAGAAGGGCAGCCGCUCCGAGACCAGCUUCAGGAUGUCGGCCGCCGAGAUGCUUCGCUCCACUGACCCCCGCUUUCAGAGAACACGCUCCGAGUCAGAGUUGGACCCCCCUGUUGCUUCACCGUCCUCACCGACGGCGCCGCACAGCCCCAUAACUUCCCCCGGGCGAAGUAAGAGGGCAACUGAUGAGUGGAACCGCUACGAGGUCUUUUCUCUGUCCUCGCCGUCUUCAUCGUCCUUUUCAGCAAGUGGGUUAAAGUAUGGGCGCUCACGCACGCCGCCCUCUGCUGCCAGCAGCAAGUACAACGCACGCAGCCGGAUCCUCAGUAGUCCAAUGACAGUAAUAUGUGAGCGUGAUGGGGAGCUGGCUGAGGGCGAGUGCGGAGACACUGCAGAAAGUCUUUCUGGACCAGCAGUCCAGAUUCUCCCUACACUCAAAGACUCCAAUGGCACUUUAUCUGAAGAGAGCAGAAGUUAAAGAGCAUGGAAGGCCCCUGAGAGACAGGGAGCUGAACUAACCCAUCUUAACCAGGGGGGGGCAGGAGGAGGAGCCAACAGAGGCCCCUCUAGAGACACCUCCCUGAGCCCCCCUCCGCCCUCGGCGUUGUGUCUGAGGGAGUGGACAUGUCAGGUCCUGAUGUGACGUCAGAGGUCACCCCAUCAUGGAUCAAGCUGAACUCAUUCUGAAGUGGAGAACUGGUUCUGCCGCAGCUUUUCAAGACUCCCAUGAUUCACACUCUUUCCUUUGUUUGGUGACUCACCCUUUGUGUUAAAAGAAUAGUCUUUCUUUUACGCCUGGUGUUCUUAGUUUGUUUUCUGUUUGUUUGUUUUUUCAUACUCGUCCUUAACAAGCAGGAACCCUGUAGUUUCUUUGAAUGACAAAGUUAAGAUGGCAAACUAAAGUGAAUUGAAGGAAUUGGAAACGUCACGAGUUGUUUGCUUAACUUUGCUGCCGUGUUGCUACAUAGCUUAGGCAGUAGGAAAGAGUGGAAGUUAAAGGCGUGCUGGACGCUCAGCUUGUGAGUCUCCUCAGCCUCUGCGUCUCUCCUGUUGGCUCUGGAAAGUGUUCAAGAGCACCUUGGUUUGCUAGUGUUGGCUUUAAACAGCUCAUAAUAUUGUGGACAGAAGUCAAGGUACAACAGACAGCUCCACUGGUACAAAUUCAGCAACAGUUAUCGACACGUUUUGCUUUGUAAUCUUAGAUCAGUGGUUUAGUUUGCAGAGCUGGUAUGUUCAUUGGUCCAAAGGAAGUGCAGAGGGCUCAGUGCUGCCACCCAGUGAUGGACAGGAAGUGAACAAGAGUUGUUGUCUACAAAGGUUCAACCAAAACUGCUAAUUUUCCUCUAUUAAAGAAAGGCUCAUAAAUCCUCUAUUAAUGAAUUUUAGUUUGAAGAUUACGCACUGUGCAUAGGUGAUUUUCUUUGUGAAUUUAAAAAAUAUGUUUUAAAGACUGUUUUAAUAAACAAGUGAUGUCAUGACUCGUGCUUGGGAGAUAAGUAUAGAUCUAUAAAUGUGUAAAGCCAGAAAUUAAAGUAGAAGAAAAACUCAUUUCACCGGGGUCUUUUAGUGGUUAUGUCGGUUACCAAAGAGGUGAAAAAAUUCAUCUGGAUGUGAACACAAUCGGAGUGCGACCGCCUGUCUGACACCCGUGCUUUUGGUUCAGCUGUUGCUCAGUUUGCUGAGACUUACUAGAACCUUUUAGGGCUUAAAUGAGUUGUUGACCUGAGUUUAUCCUUUUGCAGUUAUAUAUGGUUCUGUAUAUAAAUACAUAGAGAAAGGAGUUUUAAGUAACAUUUUGACUUAUUUUCAAAGACUUUGUACAUUUUUAGAGCCCUGUGUUUGCUGGAAGGGAGUGGUUUCCUUUUUUUGGUAGAUUAUUUAUUUUCUCAUAGCAGGGCUGCAGAACGCUGUCACACUAAACCAGCGAGGUGAUGGAGGGAAGUGGUUCGUCCAGAGGCCACAUUUACUGUGCUGAUCCCACCAGGCCAUUUCUUUCUUUUAAAGGUGCUUCAAAGUUAGAAAAAUGCAAUAAUACCAAUAUUUAUGCCUAAGCCUUCUGCUGCCCUUAAUCUCGAGUCAUGCAAAGCCGACGCUGGUGCUCACAGCUGAGUAAAUGUGGCCUCUUCAGAGUCAUAAACUGAGGUGACAGGCGUGAGACUUCAUAACCCUCCGACAGCCAUAACGCCCUGUGGCUUAAUCACCUGUGACCAAAGUGUGUCUCCCAGCUCCCGCCCAGCCAUGAUUGAGCACUUGGGGCCUGGGCUUGUCUCAUGACUGGAUGACUGGAAAUGUCUCAAUCGCAGAGAGCUCGUUAAAGACGAAAGGGCAGAAUGGAGCUGAAGGCAGGCUGCUAACAGUCUUGUGUAUGUCUGUGUAAUAAAAACAAGGUGAUAUUUAAA